AGCUCGGACGAGGCGGGGUGCAUGCAGGACGGAGUAGCGUACCCAGUCGGCGCCCUAGUACCGAACAACGACCCCUGCAAAGACGGCUGCUACUGCCACAGCUCGGGGGACAUACUUUGCAUGUGGGCGAAAUCACACCGUUCCUGCGCCAGCUUCCUCACCCAUCCGCCGUGCGUUGACGCCGUCCAAGUGCACGACCCGACCCAGUGCUGCCCCGUCAUGACCUGUCCUAACGGUCCCAACUGCCGGGUUCACCCGUCGGGCCAGAUCAUCCCUGUCGGUGUGCAGGUGGAGGUAGACGGAAGGCAGUGCUACUGUUCACCCGAGUCCGCUGGUUUUCAGGUCAUGUGCCCCACUUCUCCGCCCACCACAACAACAACAACAACAACAACCACACCUAUGACCCCGGCCCGGCCCACCACCUCUACGACAACCUGAGGACGCAAAGGCAGUUAGCUGUUGUUGAUGCCACGUUAAACAACACCCACUUGUUUAUUUGUUUUGGGACAGGAGAAGAGCCAAGUUGUGUGUGGUAUAUACAUGCAUAUCGA